AUGUGGCGGGACCGGACCAACCUCUUUAUUUCGUACCGCCAGUCGUACUCGCACCACCCCCAGAAGAAGAAGACACGCUAUGGUGCCCCCGGCUCCAAUGGCUUUGGCGACAGCAGGCGCAUGUCCGAGGAGCGCCAGGGCCUCAUCCCAGCCUUCGAGGACGACGGCGAUGCCGUUAUAGAGAUGGAUCUACUGCCGCCGCGCUGGCUUGACAUGCAGGACGAGGUCACCCAGCACCUGGCAGAAAUAGCAAAGCAGACGCGCAAGCUCGACCAGCUGCACCAGAAGCACGUGCUUCCCGGCUUUGAUGAUGAGGAUAUCAAGAAGCGCGAGGAGCGCGAGAUUGAGCAAAUCACCCAGGCCAUCACCCGCCUCUUCCAGAAAUGCCAGCAGGCUAUCAAGCGCAUAGACAUCAUGGUCCGCGAGGCCAAGCAGCAGGGCAGCAUCAACCAGGGUGAAGAGGUCAUGGCCCGGAACCUCAAGAUCUCGCUUGCCUCUCGUGUCGGCGAAGUGAGCGCCAUGUUUCGCAAGAAGCAGGCUGCCUAUCUGAAGAAACUCCGCGACCUCGGAGGCUUCACUUCGCCCUUCCGCUCUGCCACGCCGGUACAGAAUCCCUACAAUGACCCUGCGCUACAAGAAUCCGAUGCCGACCGUUCCUUUUCUCAAUCCACACUACUCCAAACGAAGCAACAGCGCAUGCGCCACGACCCGAACGAAGCUUUGAUAGCUCAGCGGGAGCGGGAGAUUGAGGACAUUGCUCAAGGCAUCAUCGAGCUGGCAAAUAUCUUCCAAGAGCUCCAGACCAUGGUCAUUGACCAAGGCAGUAUGCUGGACCGAAUAGACUACAACGUUGAGAACAUGUUCAGAGAUGUCAAAGAGGCGGAUAAGGAGCUCAAAGUAGCUUCUGGGUACCAGAGACGAAGUGUAAAGCGCAAGAUCAUGCUGCUGCUUGCCAUCCUCAUUGCGGGCGUAUUCAUAUUACUAUCGCUCAAGUUGAGCAGGAAAGGCGGCGAUGGAGUGUCUUCUGUUCCCAAAGUUCCAGACGUUCCGCCAGCGGCGGCAGUAAAAUCCAGACGGCAGUCAAUAACGAUGCAAACGAACAGGAUCUGGCAUAGAAGAAAACGGCGGUUGUGGCAGGACCCUACACGAGACCCUUUGAUCCUCUAA